GAUUAUUACAAUCUGAAGAUACAUAUAAAAUUUUGCAAAAAAAUCCCACUAAGAAACUUAAAUUACUACUUAAGUGUAUUAUUAACAAAGGAAAAGAGUUUGGGGGUAUUAACUGAAAAAGAAGCAAAAUAUUUAUUGAUUAAACAUCCGAAAACUACUAUAUACUAUUUACCAAAAAUACACAAAAAUAAGGAGAAACCACCGGGGAGACCCAUUGUGAGUGGGAUAAAUUCUUUAUUUGCAAGAGUUGGUGAAUAUGUUGAUACUUUUCUGAAAAACAUUGUUAUGACAAAUAGGGCUUUUCUGAGAGAUGGUGGACAUCUUAUUAACAUCCUUAAAGAAUUACAUAAUGUUGAUAAUUGUAUGUUGGUUACUAUAGAUGUAGAAUCUUUAUAUACUAACAUCGAUCAAAAUGAUGGAAUUAAUGCAGUAAAAUGGGCCCUUAAACAUAAAUCACUCCUGAAAAGAUCGCAGAGGAAAUUUGUUGUUGAAUUACUUGAAUUUGCGAUGAAUAACAAUUUCUUUUGGUACAACAACACUUUUUUUCAGCAAUGUAAAGGGUGUUGCCAUGGGAGCUAAGUAUGCUCCCAGUGUGGCAAAUCUGGUAAUGGAUAAAUGGGAGGAAGAAAGUAUUUUCAAUAAAUGGCCAGAGAUGGCGCUAUACAAGAGGUAUAUUGACGACAUUAUAAUGGUAUGGGAUGGAUCCAGAGAAAAGCUCGAUUCCUUUUAUGGAAUAUAUUAAUAUGAACCGCUAUGGAUUGAGAUUCACUGUUAUGAGUGAUUUUGAGCAAAUUAAUUUUUUGGAUCUGGUCCUAUACAAAGAUAAUGGCCAAAUUUGUACCAAAACUUACUUCAAGGAAGUGGACAAAAAC